AUGUCUUUCCUCGCGACCCUUCCUGCCAAGCUAGUCAAUGUCCGAAUCGCGGGUGCCUCAGGUGGCUUCUCGGAUCGCCAGCGCGCCAUCAGCUCGCUUGCAAAACUCGACGUCGACGUAAUAGUUGGCGAUUGGCUCUCUGAAUGCACAAUGACACUGCACGGGGCUCAAAAGGUGGAUAAUGAGAAACUUCGCGCCCAAGGCAAGCUGAUGGAGGAACCUGUCGGUCUUUUCGAUCCAACCUUCAUUGAAAACUUAUCCCCUGCUUUGGCAGACAUCGCGCGCAAAGGAAUUAAGGUCGCUGUAAAUGCAGGAGCAUGCGAUACAGAACUCCUUGCGCGGACUGUAGAGAAAGAAGUGAAGAGACAGGGCUUAGAUCUCAAAGUUGCUUAUGUGGAAGGAGACGAGGUUACGGAUACGGUCAACAGGUUGAUCAAGCAGGGCGAGAAGUUCACGAGUCUUAUGACUGGGGAGGACUUGAAAGACUGGGGAUACACUCCCAUAUACUCGCAAUGCUACCUUGGUGGAGCUGGGAUUGCUGAAGCCCUCAAGAAUGGGGCUGACAUUGUUGUAUGCGGUCGUGUCGCAGAUGCAGCACCCGCUGUUGGAGCUGGCAUGUGGUGGCACGACUGGAAUCGAGACAAGGACUUUGAUCAGAUUGCGGGGAGCCUGAUUUGCGGCCAUCUCAUUGAAUGUGCGGCGUAUGUGUGUGGCGGCUACUUUUCUGGUUUCAAGAGGCUCAUGGAUGGUUGCACCAACCUUGGAUUCCCCAUUUCCGAGCUCUAUGCGGAUGGAAGUUGCGCCAUCGAGAAGGAACCUGGUACUGGCGGCGAAGUUUCUGUCGGCACUGUCGCCUCUCAACUACUCUACGAAAUUCAGGGGCCUCUCUAUUUUGGCUCGGACGUCACGGCGAAUAUCGAAGGUGUCGUUAUGACCGAGGAGGGAAAAGACCGCGUCCGCGUCACCGGUGUGAAAGGUCUCCCACCACCCACAACUACCAAAGUCGGCAUGACGGCAGUAGGCGGCUACCAAGCCGAGUUCCACGUCUACAUCUGUGGGAUAGAUCUGGAGGCUAAGGCUGAAUGGAUCGAGAAGCAGAUUCGAUAUUCCGCUGGAGAUGCGGUGAAAGAGCUCUCUUGCUUCAAAUUUAGCCUGAAUGGAUACUGCCCGGACAACCCAAGGAAUCAAGACGUUGCUACAUGCGAUCUGCGCAUCUUUGUGCAAACCAAGAACAAGAAAUUAGUUGAUAAGUCGACACUCGAUGUUCCUGGCUUCAAUCGAUGGUGCAUGGACAACGGUCUCCAAGGGUGCCCUGGGUGGACGCUGGGCAACGACCAGCGUCAAUCCGAAGGGAAGAUUUACUACGAGUACUACGUUGCUUUGCUUGCUCAGUCAGAAGUUCAGCAUCGUGUUGUCCUCCCUUGGCUCAAUAGCAAGACACUUGACGUGCGUCCGCCAGCCAGGAUGAAGGAAUAUCCUCGCGACCAGCCUAGCUAUGAGACGACAGAUCCAGUUGAUCUGAAGCAGUACGGACCUACGACUCGAGGACCAAUGGGCUGGGUCGUAGGAGGCCGGUCCGGUGACAAGGCUUCAGAUGCUAAUGUCGGCUUCUAUGUUCGCCAUGACGAUGAAUGGGACUGGCUUCGUUCCUUACUUACAAUACCGAAGAUCCAGUAUCUACUUGAUGAGGAAUACAAGGGCGGCAAGAUUGAGCGCUUUGAGAUUCCUGGCAUUCGAGCUGUUCAUUUCUUGCUGAGAGACCACCUUGACCGUGGCUUCAAUUCGACCAGUACCUACGAUACACUAGGGAAGAAUGUGGGCGAAUAUUUGCGGAGCAAGUGGGUGGAUAUUCCGAACAAAUUCCUCUCCCGAGGUCGAUUUUGA